AUGUCUGAGCCUCCACUGCGUUUCAACCUGAUAGAGCUCGAGUCCGAAGGCACGAUUCCCGUGUACGUCAAUGACCGCUUCGCCUGGCAACUCCCAAAAAAGCUGCUCUCGAUGCGUGCUCCAAAGGUUCUCGAGGGUGAUGCCACGAGUUGGAAGAUCCAAAAUUUCUCCCCUGACGCGUUCAAGCUCCUCACUGGCUGGCUCUACAGUCCUCGCGGCAUACUCAGUGGGCCUCCAGCUGGAAAGCCAAUCAACCCCUAUCUCGAGCUCGCCCGUCUCGCGAACCGUUAUGAGAUCGCAGGCCUCGCGCCCCUUGUCAAUAAGAUGGUGCAGAAGAGCUUCGAUGACCCCGAAAACAUGGCGUUCAUGGGUGAGACUUACAACGCUCUCGAUCCUCAUUCGCCCGACCGGGCCAGCAUUAGUGCUCGUUUCGCGGCUCUGGUCGUGAGCAAAAAUAUGGAUGUCUCGACCCUGAAGCCUUUACUGAAGUCUUCCGAUCUUACUCGUGACAUGCUCGCUUGGAUCGCGAUCUACUAUGAGCAUCGAUGUGAGCAUAAGGAACUCGACGAAAUCAUGAUCUGGAUGGCCGGCCAGUGCCAGUUGUGGUUGGAUGCUGUUGACGAAGCCGCCAACUGA